AGUACGCAGCCAGCGCCAGGACCAACAAAGGGGUGACCAAGAGGAAACCCACCACCAGCAGAGCCACGCAGCCUCUGUCAGUCAGCAGGUCUGAACAGUAAGGGGUUGUCCCAUGAGGGCGGACCUGCAGAGAUGAGAAGAGAGAUGACAAAUGGAAUGAUAUGGCAGCAUUAUGUUGCAGAGUUUAGCCAAGUGAUUACCUGUUAAGCCUCUGAUUGAAGGAAGUCAAGAGGAGAAUGAAAAGGAGAGCGUAAAGGAUGGUGCGCAGCCACUCAACAUGAGUGGAGCACUGCUCAAGGAUGGAUGAGAAUGGUUGUGCUGCUCUACUUUUCUUUUCUCACCAUCUAGGCACAGGUAUUAAGCAUGCCCAAGGCAGGAGAGAGGGCGCCCUCAUCAACUUCUGCCUACUCAGUCGCAGCAGAUGGCAAAGAUGGUGCCCCAAAAUCUGCUGUGGCUAAGGAGUCCCCCUCAGGUUCAGUCUCUGAAACAGCCAAAAAAUCAUCAAAGAAGCCCAAGAAAAACACAGAGAGUAUGAACAAAGUAUACACCUCUGUGCUCAACAGUGUAUUUGGGGCCGACAGAGAACUGGCUCAGGCCGAGUUAGAUGAGUUACAAGAGGCCUUCAAAGAGUUUGACUACGACCAAGAUGGCUACCUGAACUACAAGGACGUAGCUGAAUGCAUGAGGACCAUGGGAUACAUGCCCACAGAAAUGGAGCUGCUGGAAAUAGUACAACAGAUAAAGAUGAGAAUGGGUGGAUUGAUGGACUUUGAUGACUUUAUUGAACUAAUGGGACCCAGGAUGAUGGGAGAGACCGCUGACAUGCUGGGACUCAAAGAACUCCAGUCAGCCUUUUCACAGUUCGACCUGGAUGGAGAUGGAAAGAUCAGCCAGGAUGAGAUGAAAGAGGCUGUCAAGACACUGCUGGGAGAGAAGCUGAAGAAAGGAGAGCUGGAGGAGAUCUUGAAGGAGCUGGACAUUAAUGCAGAUGGAAGCAUUGAUUUUGAAGAGUUUGUGAUGAUGCUCUCCAUUCGCUAGCUACUGGAAAAACAGACAAGGACAGAAUGCAUUGACACGUCUAUUUGAUUCCACCACAGCUAGUGAAUAUAACUAUGACCAGUGUGCACAGUUUGGUACUGUGCAGGCUUCCACCACAUGACAUGUGCUUACCUCUAAACUGUACGAAUUGCUUACAGAGUGGGAUCAAACAAAGCACAUACUGUCAACAAAGUGUUAGUUUAGACAUAUUCAUUUUUGCAAUGACAUAUGUAAAUAUUAAAGAAACCAAAAUCAGUCUCACCUUUCACUGAAACAACAUGACAGUUAUUUUAAGAUAGUGUAUGA